AUGGCAACUGCAAACUUAACUGUUCGUUCGGAUACUGGACUUAUCAAUUCUCCACCAAUUUGUUCCAUGCAACCAAUUGUUAGACUGAAGCAAGGUUGUUCGUAUUCAAUGAAAAUUCCAGUUAUAGAUGAUGAUGGCGAUUUUGUUAAGUGUCGAUGGGCGACCAGAUCGUCAGGAAUAAAUGAAUGCGGAGAUGUUUGCUAUGGUCUAAGUAAUGCUACACUGAUUGAGGAAACAUGCACUCUAUCUUAUAAUGCGACGGGAGCAUCAGGAUGGUAUGUUGUUGCGCUUCAAAUUGAAGACUUUGCUUCUCGUAUAGAAACAAAUUCAUUUAGUAGUGUGCCUUUACAGUUCCUGAUCUAUAUUUAUUCCGGCUUAAGUGAUUCGUGUGACAGUAAACCAGCUAUAGAAACUACUGUUGCCGAUGGAUCAGUAAUCCAAAUUUCUAUAAAUACCAUCUACCGCCAAACUAUUGUAGCAAGCUCUUUGAGUUCAAUAGCAGAAAUAAAUACAGUGUCACCAUUGGGAAUGAAAAAGUCUGAUUUACUGACGUAUGGUACAUCUAAUAAUAAAUGGUACAUAAACGUAACAUGGACUCCAACAGAGACACAAGUCGGCAGUCAUAUAUUCUGCUAUACAGCAUUUGAUAAUAACAGAGAAGCAUCCAACCAAGAAUGCAUAAGACUUGUAGUAGUAAAUGAUAUCGGAAUAUGUACAUCCAACCCAUGUAAAAAUACAGCUACUUGUAAUGACCAAGUCAACAAAUACAGCUGUACAUGUGCUUCUGGUUUCACGGGCACAAACUGUGAGACAGAUAUUGACGAAUGUUCAUCUAACCCUUGUCAGAAUGGAGCUACUUGUAAUGACAAAGUCAAUGAUUAUAACUGUAUAUGUACUGUUGGGUUCACUGAUACGCACUGCGAGACGGAUAUUAACGAAUGCUCAUCCAACCCAUGUCAGAAUGGAGCUACUUGUAAUGACCAAGUCAACGGAUACAACUGUGCUUGUGUUGGUGGAUUUACCGACAUACUCUGUCAGACAGAAAUUGACGAAUGCUCAUCUAACCCAUGUGAGAAUGGAGCUACUUGUGAUGAUCAAGUCAAUGGGUAUAACUGUACAUGUGCUAAUGGAUUCACUGACAUACACUGUCAGACAGAUAUUGAUGAAUGCACAUCCAACCCGUGUGAAAAUGGUGCCACGUGUAAUGAUAAGGUCAAUGGAUAUACGUGUACAUGUUCUGCUGGGUUUACAGACACUCAGUGCGAGACAGAUAUUGACGAAUGCUCAUCUAACCCAUGUCAGAAUGGCGCUACUUGUAAUGACCAAGUCAACGGAUACGAAUGUGUAUGUGCGGCUGGAUUCACUGACACAAACUGCGAGACAGAUAUUGACGAAUGUGCAUCUAACCCAUGUGAGAAUGGCGCUACUUGUAAUGAUCAAGUCAACGGAUAUAACUGUACAUGUGCUGAUGGAUUCACUGACAUACACUGCAAAACAGGUAAAAGAUAA